UCUUCACGUGCCGGUGAUGGGACCGCAAGCCUCGUAUAUAGGCAAGUGCGUCUGCUGAAGUUGGCAGAUUUUUGACACUUGUGGAAUUACUGGUCCUCAUACGCCCUCAAGUGAGAGAUUUCUUGUAGAAUAUUUCAUCCUUAAACGUGUGCAUCGGAUCGUUAAGCGAGACUUGUUGCUCAACUGAUGAAAAGUACACGCUGGAGAAGGUGCGACUGUGUCAUAGUUAUGGCUGUUCCAGUUAAGCUGUUCUCCAGAAGGACGAUUCCUCGUCUGUGCAGGAUUAUACAGAUGGCGAGUUGGUGGAUACUUGUACCGUUGGUUGGGGUGACGGUGGCGACGGCAACAGUGGUGAUGGUGGUAGCAGCGGCGGCAGCUGCGAGGAUAGCAGCAGGGGUACUAGACGAGUGUCCUGCAGACUAUUCUACUCACCCGCUCAUCCUGGUAUCUUUGGAUGGUUUCCAUUCUGACUACAUCAGCCGAGGCCUCACCCCUACACUGGUGUCGCUAGGGGCGCGCGGGGUUCGAGCCCCAUACAUGAAGCCUUCCUAUCCGUCCAAGACCUUCCCCAACCACUACACCAUCGUCACGGGUCUCUACCCAGAGUCGCACGGCAUCUUGGACAACGACUUCGCUGACCCGGUCUUUAACGCCACCUUCUCCACUGGCAACACAGAAUCCUUUCAAGGGAGGUGGUGGGGCGGUGAACCCAUCUGGAAUACCCUUACCAGGCAGGGGAAGAUAAGUGCGACGUACUUCUGGCCAGGUUCAGACGUGGAUAUCGGAGGUCAACACCCGACUUACUGGUUCCCCUACGACAAGGAUGUUCCCUAUCCUGACCGCGUGGACCAGGUGCUGGAGUGGGUGUCGUUGCCGGUGGAAGAGAGACCAGCCUGGAUCUCUCUCUACUACAAUAUGCCAGACAAAGUGGCUCAUCACUUUGGACCAGACUCUAAGGAGGUAAACGACAAACUUGUGAUCUUAGACCAGAUGUUGGAGCGGCUGCUGAAUGGACUGGAUAUCCGUGGACUGAGGUCCUGCGUCAAUGUGGUGGUGCUCUCAGACCACGGGACGGCUGCCUCAGACUGGAUCACCAGCGUCAUCAAGCUCGCUGACUACGUCCCCGAUAUAGCCAGCACCGCCACUGUCUUCACCGGAGCCUUCAGCAGGAUAAGACCCUUGAAUGACAGUCAUGAAGUGAAGAUGGCGAUGAUGGAGGAGCUGUCGUGUCAGAGGAAGGAGAUGCGGGUGUACCCCAGGGAGGGCCUCCCCACCAGGUUCCACUUCUCCAACAACCGUCGCAUCGAACCCAUAGUUCUUGACCUCGACCCAGGCUUCGUUGCAACAAUCUCCUUCCCAUAUACAAAAAAUGGCCACCACGGCUAUGAUAAUUAUUUUCACGAAAUGAAUGCACUGUUCGUGGCGUCUGGGCCGGACUUCAAGACGAAGAUGGAGGUCGAACCCUUCCAGAACAUCGAGCUGUACAACCUCAUGUGUUACCUGACGGGUGUCGAACCCUCCGCCAACAACGGCACCCUCGGCUCCCUCUACCAUAUCCUCGCCAACCCUCCGCCAGCGCCACAACUUCCUACUGAGUACAAGCCGCCGACGUCCGUGUAUCCUGAAAGAGACAUAACCCCUCGGCUGCGGAUGUCUGGGUGCCCUGGAGACCUCCAUGUUCCCGAGCCGUGGUUAGUGUCCCUGAAGCUGAACGAGGAAGAGCGGAACAAGACGGAGAUGCUCCACCUUCCCUGGGGCAUCCCUCACUCCUCACCUCUCCCAGCCUCCCUCACUCUCCUCCACCACCAGGACCACGUCACAGGGUACUCGCAGACCCUCAAGAUGCCCUUGUGGUCCAGCUUCAGCCUGCAGGAGGCGCCGCUGAAGGACUUAACGUCACAGUGGUGUAGUGAUGUGCGUCUCACUACCACCACCACACCCACCUGUGGUGCAUACGCUCACCUGGCCGCCCGCAACAUCUCCAUGUACCCUCUCUUCCCUCCAGGCUUCUCCUGGAACGCGUCGCUGCCUCGUCUACCGUUCCUGGUGAGCAACGCGGUGCCGGCCUCGAAGCAGCUGAUAUACCGGUGGGAGGCGCUGCUGCAGGAGCUGGUGCCAGCCUGGCUGGCUCUCUACGGGCCCCUCAACCUGGUGCUGGGACCCGUCUUCGACAACAACGCUGACUCCCUCCCCGACGACUUCCACAACUUCACCAUUCCCGAAGUUCCGUCCCACCUGUUCUCUGUGGUGACCCGUUGCAAGACCAAGGUGACCUCACUUGACCUUUGCUCUCCCAGUGACCUCGACGCUGCCGCCUUCAUUAUCCCAAUGGUGGAGUUCAUCUCCAACUGCCAGAGUAAUGCAGACUACCUGGCGGAGUUCAGCGCCAAGGUUCACGACGUGGAGUUGGUCACGGGACUCACCUUCUUCCCCGACCUCGACUUCCAGACCCGCACCUCUCUUGUACUUCGGAUGAUCCCGCACCUCUGGCCCCUACACUGAACCUACACUCUCA